AAAAAAGAGUAAAGAAAGAAAAGAAGGCAUAAUAUUAUUAAGAGACAGCAGCGUAUACAAUAAGAGGGGUCUGAUCCAAGUCCAAGCAAAGCAAAGCAAAGGCAAAGCAUGGCGGCGAUUACGAGGAGAGGAGAGCGAAAGGAAAGCAAGGUUCUUUCGUGGGCAGUGGUGUGGUGGCUUUGGGCUUGGGGAGAAGAGAAAGGAAAUAAAAAUAGACAAGGAAUGUAGAAAAACAAAAAGAAAAAGGGCAAACAAAAUAGGAAGUGGCGUCUGGUGAAGCCACGUGGCACAUCAUCAGUGGUUAGGUAGGAGAGGGAGAGAGAGAGAGAGACAGGGGAGGAGGAAGGGCUGCUUUCCCUUUCCUUAAUAUCUCUCUUUCUCAUGCGCUGCCAUGUCAGAGUGGUAACCCCGUCCGUCCCCUAUUACCCCGGCGAAUCCGUAUCUAAUUCCGAAAUUGGGGUUCUGUGAUUGAGUUUGUCAUUGCAGGGGCUAAGAUUGCCAAUUGGAAGCAUCAUUGUUCUGUCUGUGAUUUGACAUACUUUCUGCUAUUCAUAGCCGCAAUGUUAAUACCCAUGAUUAGAAAAGGAUGAAAGACAUUAGUUCAUUGAAUAGUAAAAUGAUUAACCGAAACUGGGUCCUGAAGCGCAAACGAAGAAAGCUUCCGUGUGGUCCAUCCCUAGCCAAUGGUAAAGAAGAAAACUUAUUAGCAUCAGAAUCUCCAAGGGGUUCUUCAGCUAAGCGUAGGCUGAAAGGUGAAAUUAGUACCGACCAGUCAUCAUCUAAAAAGAAGGGAAAUGAUGGGUACUACUAUGAAUGUGUUAUUUGUGAUCUUGGUGGGAACUUGUUGUGUUGUGAUAACUGUCCCAGGACCUAUCAUCUACAAUGCCUUGAUCCACCUCUUAAGCGCAUCCCAAUGGGAAAGUGGCAAUGCCCAAAGUGCUGUAAGAAGACCGAUUCACUCAAGCCCAUUACUCAUCUGGAUUCAAUUUCCAAACGAGCAAGAUCAAAAACUAUCAAGACAAAAGCUCAAACUGGAAUAAAGUCACCUACCACUGAGAAAGUGUCCCGGAUUUUUGGAACAUCCAUUAUUGCAAAGAAAAGAUCAUCCUCUAGUAAAGGAAAAUCUGAUGUAGCUCAGGGAGUGGAUACUUUGAAAAAGGAACCAGAAACCUCUCAUAUAGAUGUACCUUCUACCCCUAAACCAAGUCUUACAUCCAUUGGUGGUGCUGAGGAAGGUGGUGCUUCUUGUGUGAAUGUUGAUGAUGAGAAGACUCCUGUUGCAUCUCCAACAGGUUCAUCUGCUGAAAGGAAGUUAACUCCUGUAGCUGGUGGUUCAUCAUGUAUGAAUGUUGAUGAUGGAAUGAAGCCAGUUGCAUCUCCAACAGGUUCAUCAGCUGAAAGGAAGUUAACUCCUGUAGCUGGUGAGGUUUUGUUUCAUUCUAAGAGUACAAACUCAGAGAAAAACGAUGAAGCACCUGAAGCGAAGCAUGAAUUGUCUUGUGAUAAUGAGUCUCCCACAGACAAAGUUGUUCUUGCAAUUGGUGUAGCCACAAGGAAAGACAGAAAAAGAAAGCAGAAAGUCAGUGAUGAGGCAAGUCAAAAGAAGCGUAAGAGUGAUAAGGGUAAGCGUACUGUCAGUACUUCUAAAAAGAAGGGGUCCAAAGCAAAUAAUAUUGGCCCUGGAACUAGUAAAACUCAUCAGAAACAGAAACAGAAGCCUGUUAACCAUGGGGUUUCUGCAUCUUUGUUAAAGGAUGAUGAUGGGAGCAAGAAUUUUGAUACUCAGAGAAAAGAUGAGAAGCUUUCUGAGGGUGCAAUGCAACAGUCCAAUGAGUUAGAUAAAGGAAUUCUCAAUCCCCCGCUGAGAUGUGAAGACGGUGUUCCUGCCGAACUUCUGCAGGUUGAUCGAGUUCUAGGCUGUCGGGUUCAAGGUGAUAAUGCUAGUAUUUUGCAUCAUGCAUCUGCAGCACUUUCAGAGGACAUGCUUUCUGAUGAUUUUGUAAUUGCAGUAAAUCCUAGCAGACUUUCAGAGGAGAAUUCUGUUUGUGAUAUUGAUUCAGAUACAGUAACUGCUGAAAAUCUUACUGAGGGUUGCCCUAAGACUCUGAAAGGUUCUGAUAAAGAAGAAAGCACAAAGAAUGAUGUCAGAGUGGAUAAAAUGAAUGUAUAUAGAAGGUCUGUCACUAAGAAAUGCAAAGGAGGGGAUUCUUUGGACUUAUUGAACAAAGACACUAAGGAUUCAGAUUGUGCAAUCAUAAAUGGUAAGGAUCAAGAUGAAUCCGUGGUAAGUGUAGAAGAUUCAGGAAAAAGAAAUGAAAAAACGGUAGUAGAAGAGUUGACUGCUGAUGUUAAUGUGAAAAGUCAUGGCACCACUGAAGCUCCAAAAGUUUGUGAAACGCCUGCUAAAAUGAAAGAGAUGGGUGCAGAAAUGAAAAUAUGUAGCAGUGUUGAAAAUAAAGUCCAAGAACCUGCUGUGAUUGAAUCAGCAUGUUCUAAAGAGGAGACGGUCUCAUAUGAAUUUUUUGUUAAAUGGGUGGGGAUGUCCCAUAUCCAUAAUAGUUGGAUUUCUGAAUCCCAGCUGAAAAUUCUGGCGAAGAGAAAACUAGAAAAUUAUAAGGCCAAAUAUGGGACAACUGUGAUAAAUAUCUGUGAGGAAAAGUGGAAGAAGCCUCAGCGAGUUAUUUCUCUCCGUGUUACAAAUAAUGGCCAGGAAGCUUUUGUGAAGUGGACUGGUCUUCCAUAUGAUGAAUGCACUUGGGAAAGGUUAGAUGAACCUGUUCUUCAGCAAUCUUCUCAUCUAAUUGAUCUGUUUGAACAGUUUGAACGUCAAACAUUGGAAAAAGAUGCUACUAAGGAUGAAGCUAGGGCAAAGGGUGAGCAGCAGCAUGAUAUUGUUACUUUGGCAGAGCAACCUAAAGAACUGAAGGGAGGCUCUCUAUUUCCCCAUCAGCUUGAAGCACUUAAUUGGCUGCGUAGAUGUUGGCAUAAAUCCAAAAAUGUUAUACUUGCUGAUGAAAUGGGGCUUGGAAAAACUGUAUCUGCUGUCGCCUUUAUUUCGUCACUUUAUUUUGAGUUUAAAGCUACUCUGCCAUGUCUAGUGCUGGUUCCACUUUCUACUAUGCCUAACUGGCUUGCUGAGUUUUCAUUAUGGGCUCCUGAUUUAAAUGUUGUGGAGUAUCAUGGUUGCGCCAAAGCAAGAGCCAUCAUUCGCCAGUAUGAAUGGCAUGCUAGUGAUUCGAAUGAAUUGAGUAGGAAAACAGCUUCGUACAAAUUUAAUGUUCUUUUAACUACUUAUGAAAUGAUUCUUGUGGACUCAUCUCAUUUGCGUGGUGUACCUUGGGAAGUUCUUGUGGUUGAUGAGGGUCAUCGCUUGAAAAAUUCAGGAAGUAAGCUGUUUAGCUUGCUCAACACAUUCUCUUUCCAGCAUCGUGUUCUAUUGACCGGAACCCCACUCCAGAAUAACAUUGGUGAGAUGUAUAACUUGCUUAAUUUCUUGCAGCCAGCUUCCUUCCCUUCUUUAUCUUCGUUUGAGGAGAAAUUUAAUGAUCUCACAACUGCGGAAAAGGUGGAAGAAUUAAAGAAACUUGUUGCUCCUCAUAUGCUUCGAAGGCUUAAAAGGGAUGCCAUGCAAAAUAUUCCCCCUAAAACUGAACGAAUGGUGCCUGUUGAACUGUCAUCCAUUCAAGCUGAAUACUACCGUGCAAUGCUAACUAAGAACUACCAGAUAUUACGGAAUAUUGGGAAGGGGGUUGCACAGCAGUCAAUGUUAAACAUUGUGAUGCAACUGAGAAAGGUUUGUAAUCAUCCAUAUCUCAUACCAGGUACUGAGCCUGAUUCUGGAUCACUAGAGUUUCUUCAUGAAAUGCGUAUAAAAGCUUCAGCCAAGUUGACUCUUUUGCAUUCCAUGCUUAAAGUCCUAUAUAGAGAAGGCCAUAGAGUUCUUAUCUUUUCACAAAUGACUAAGCUUCUUGAUAUCCUUGAGGAUUAUUUAACCAUAGAAUUUGGCCCUAAAACAUACGAGAGAGUUGAUGGCUCUGUUUCAGUUGCUGAUCGUCAAACAGCGAUAUCAAGGUUCAACCAAGAUAAAAGUCGAUUUGUCUUCUUGCUAUCAACACGUUCUUGUGGUCUUGGUAUCAAUUUGGCAACAGCUGACACUGUUAUAAUUUAUGAUUCUGAUUUCAACCCACAUGCUGACAUCCAAGCUAUGAAUCGGGCACAUCGAAUUGGACAAUCAAACAGACUUUUAGUAUACAGGCUUGUAGUUCGUGCCAGUGUAGAAGAGCGGAUCUUGCAACUUGCUAAAAAGAAGCUAAUGCUUGAUCAGCUGUUUGUCAACAAGUCUGGAUCCCAAAAGGAAGUAGAAGACAUUCUGCGAUGGGGAACGGAAGAACUCUUCAUUGAUUCUUCUAGUGGGAAAGAUUCAGGUGAAGGUAAUAACAAUAAAGAAGAUGCAUUAGUGGAUACAGAUCAUAAGCACCGGAAGAGGGUUGGAGGUCUCGGAGAUGUGUACCAAGACAAAUGUACCAAUGGCAGCAACAAGAUUGUGUGGGAUGAAAGUGCAAUUUUGAAAUUGCUUGAUCGUACAAACCUUCAGUCUGGACCAACUGAUGCCGAGGGGGAUUUGGAAAAUGAUAUGCUUGGCUCAGUAAAGUCUGUUGAAUGGAAUGAUGAAACAACAGAAGAACCAGGGGGAGGUGAAUCUCCUCCAGCUGUUGCUGAUGAUAUUUUGGAGCAGACUUCUGAGAAGAAAGAAGAUAAUGUGCUAAAUGGUACUGAAGAAAAUGAAUGGGACAAACUUUUGCGUGUGAGGUGGGAGAAAUAUCAAAGUGAGGAGGAAGCAGCCCUUGGUAGAGGGAAGCGACAAAGGAAAGCCGUCUCCUAUAGAGAGGCAUAUACUCCACAUCCCAAUGAGACAACAACUGAGCAGAGUGGCGGGGAAGAAGAGAAGGAACCAGAAACAGAGCCAGAGCGGGAUUAUACACCAGCAGGACGUGCUCUUAAAGCAAAGUAUACUAAACUCCGUGCUCGACAAAAAGAACGGCUUGCUAGGAGAAAUGCAAUUGAAGAAGUUCAUCCCAGUGAGGGAUUUCCUGGACUUGAGUCGGUAGCACAGUGUCCUUCCAUGAAUGGAAGAGAAGUGGAUCAUGUUAAUCAAUCUGAUCAACAGUCAGAUAAAGAUAAGUGUUUGGUAAUUGACUUGGAGGAUGACAAACAUGCUCAAUCAUUAGAUCAACCAAAGAACAAAGAUGAUUCAAUUUUAAGGCUUGGGAGGCUGUCAAAACAUAAAACAAGUGGACAAUUGGAUCUUUCUGUCAACCCUCUCCACCAGUCUUCUCCUGACAUGAUCCUUCCAAGUAGCAAUCAUCAAGGCACAAGCUAUAACCAAUCUCUACCUUCCAACAACUUGUUGCCGGUUCUUGGGCUUUGUGCUCCCAAUGCUAGUCAGUUUGACUCAUUUCAUAAAAACUUUUCAAGAUCAAAUGGUCGGCAAAGCAGGCCAGGAACUGGACCAGAGUUUCCAUUCAAUUUAGCGCCAACUACAGGAGCUUCAAUUGAGAAAGAAGCAAAAGGUCAAGAGACUACCUUGGACAAAUUUAAAUUGCAAGAUUCACCUCCCGAAGUUUUACAACGUCUUAAAAUUGGAAACCAAGAUAGUUGGCUCCCGUUUAACCCGUAUCCUUCUGCUUCUUCACAAGGAAAAAUUUUUGAGCGAUUAGAAAAUUCUGGUGCUAGUUCUUCUGAUUUUCAGGAAAAGAUGCCACUGCCUAAUUUACCUUUUGAUGAGAAAUUGCUUCCUCGGUUCUCCCUUCCUACCAAAGGCAUGAUGACAUCACAUCAUGACCUAUUGCCUAGCUUAUCUUUAGGGAGUAGGCUUGAUGCUGUGACUGAGUCAGUGCAAGACCUUCCUACAAUGCCAUUGCUGCCCAAUUUAAAAUAUCCUCCACAAGAUGUGCCUAGGUACAAUCAACAAGAGAGGGACAUGCCUCCAACAUUGGGUCUGGGUCAGUUGCCUCCCAUUUCUUCUUUUCCUGAAAACCAUAGGAGGGUGCUUGAAAAUAUUAUGAUGAGGACUGGAUCUGGAUCUGGGAACUUGUAUAAAAAGAAAUCGAAGGUAGAGGGCUGGUCAGAGGAUGAACUGGAUUUUCUCUGGAUUGGUGUUCGUAGACACGGACGAGGUAGUUGGGAUGCCAUGCUUAGAGACCCCAGGUUAAGAUUUUCAAAGUACAAAACUUCAGAAGAUUUGGCAGCUAGGUGGGAGGAGGAGCAACUUAAAAUUCUGGAUGGGCCAGCUUUUCCAGUUCCAAAAUUCCCCAAGCUAACAAAAACCACCAAACCUUCUUCCUUGUUUCCAAGCAUUCCUGAUGGAAUGAUGACGCGGGCACUGCAGGGUAGUAGAUUUGUUGCACCCUCAAAAUUUCAAACUCACCUGACUGAUAUGAAGUUGGGUUUUGGUGAUCUAGCUUCUAGCCUGCCUCACUUUGAGCUAUCAGACCAACUUGGUUUGCAAAAUGAUAGUUUUCCUCCUAUUCCAACAUGGAAUCCUGACAAAUCUCGUGCAAACUUUUCUGGAGAUUCAGUUGCUGGGCCCUCUGAUAGGCCAGGGCCGUCUGUGAAUGUACCUGGUGAGAAAUCUUUUUUUCUCAAUUCCUUUGGAGCCAGCAACUUGGGUUCAAAUUUGAAUUGCUCCAGUAGCCAUGAUUUACACAGGAAGGAGGAUGAUUAUGGUUCAAUGAAGCAUGGGAAGUUGCCUAGUGUUCUUGAUAAAUCGCUAAAUAUGUUACGUGAUUCCCUCAAUAAUGGUGGAAAUGGUGAAUCUGCCAGCUCUGGGUUUCUCUCCGAUCCAAACAAAGGGCUGAAUCUUUCUUAUUCAAAGGGAAAAGAAGUAGCUGGAAAUAGUUCUUCCAAGAACAAGUUACCUCACUGGCUUCGUGAAGCUGUUAGCGCUCCUGCAAAACCUCCAGAUCCUGAUCUACCGCCAACUGUCUCAGCAAUAGCUCAGUCAGUUCGUGUACUGUAUGGAGAAGAUAAGCCUACCAUUCCCCCAUUUGUGGUACCUGGGCCCCCUCCUCCUCAACCAAAGGACCCGAGACACAGUCUAAAAAAGAAAAAGAAACGGAAGUCGCACAUGUUCAGGCAGGUCCUACCGGACACAGCUGGAAGUAGUAGUCUCUCUCCGGCAUGCUCAAUUCCGUUGGCACCACCAUUUCAAUUGCUUCCACAAUCAGUUACUGGAGCUGCAGGGCUUCCUUUGAUUGAAUCUGAUUACAGCAGGUCUCCUCUUAACUUAAGCAUGAUGAAUCCAUCAUCUUCAUCGGCGUAUCUUAUUCCACCAAAGAAAUCAAGCAUGGGAUUAUCCCCCUCCCCUGAAGUGCUUCAACUGGUAGCAUCUUGUGUUGCUCCAGGGCCACACUUGUCAUUAACUUCUGGCAUGACGAAUUCUAGCUUACAUGAUGGCAAACUUCCAUUGCCAAAACCUGUUAACGAAGUUGGAUAUCCAGAUUCACUAGGUGUAUCUGUCAAAGGGAAAGCUAAACUGAGCCCGACCAUUGAUGUUCAGGAUCAAUCUCCAGAGGAGAGACAAGAUGAACCUGAUUGUGGGGAUUCUAGCAAGACUCAGUCAGAUCAUUCUCGACCUGAACAACCUGAUGUAGAGGAAAUAUCAUCAGAAGGCACUGUGUCAGAUCAUCCUGUGAGUGAGCAUGAAGCUGGUAUACAGGAGUAAACAGUGAAACAAUUAUUCUUUGAUGUGCUCGAAUUUUUGUAGGCAUGAUGCAGCGAGUGAUUAAGUAGCAUAUAUAGGGAUCAUUUAGGACAUCUCUAGUGUAAAGUUUCUGUAAGAGGAAGGAAAUAUAUAGUGUUGCCUGCCUGCAACGGAUUCUUUUGUCUUGCCUCCACGUUGAGAGCUCACAACUAUUUGCAGCUGCCAACAGUGGAAUUUUCAUCUGCGCAAUGGGCUUCAUUCAAACCAGGUGAUAAAAUUUGGAGGGAAGUUUGUUUCUUGUUGCAGUAAGCUUCUGCCACCUACAUAUGUUAUCUUCAAGCUAUCUGGGUUGUGCAAAUUUUUUUGUUUCAUAAUUGUAAAAGUUAUCCUCCUGAAUGUCAACUCAUUCUACUUUACACUGGCAUUAAAGUAACGUUUGAUGUAGCUUGGAUCGCGGGUAUAUAACACAUUAUUUAGUUUUUUCUGA